AUGUCAUCACUUGUAAAUGGUACUUCAACUAUUUAUUUAGUUGCAGGUUCACAACAAUUAUUAAAUGAAGCAAUAUCAUUUUAUACAAAUAUACUUAAUUUAAUAGAACAUUCACAAAAUAAUAAUACAACAUAUUUAACAAAUGAUGAUAAUAAAAUAAUAAUAGAAAUUAAAUUAGAUUCUAAAAUUGGAUUUAGUUCAAAAGAAAUUGAUGAAAGAAGAAAAGAAAUUAUAUCAAAAUUAAAUAUUAUAGAUUGGAGAUCAUUAGAUACAACAUAUGUUAUGAAAGUUGCAAAUUUAGUUGAUUUAAUUGAAAUAUUAAACGAAUCAAAUUUUAAAAUUCAAAUUACUCCAAAUGAAUUAUAUCCUAAUGAAGCAUACAUAGUUGAUCCAUUAGGUUAUAUAAUGGGGUUUACAGCAUGUAAUGAACCAUUAACAGUUGUUCCACCAAUUCAAAAAGCUCAUCCAAAACAUGGAUCACUUGAAACACAAUUUGGUUCAUUAAAUCAUUCCAAAAAAAAUGAAAAAGAAGAAUUAUUAAGUUAUUUUAAAGGUAGAAGAAAUAUUGGUAUAAUGACAUCAGGAGGUGAUGCUCCAGGUAUGAAUGCAUGUGUUAGAGCAGUAGUUAGAGCUGCCAUUUUCAGAGGUUCAAAGGCAUUCGCAAUAUUGGAAGGUUAUUCAGGAUUAGUUAAAGGUGGUGAAGAAUCUAUAAAAGAAAUGAAAUGGCAAGAUGUCAGAGGUUAUUUAACUGAUGGUGGUACAAAUAUUGGUACUGCAAGAUGUAUGGAAUUUAAAGAAAGAUGGGGUAGAUUAAAAGGUUGUAAAAAUUUAAUUGAUGCAGGAAUUGAUGGAUUAAUAGUUUGUGGUGGUGAUGGUUCAUUAACUGGUGCAGAUUUAUUUAGAAGUGAAUGGCCAUCAUUAAUAUCAGAACUUAGAAAAAAAGGAGAGAUAACUGAAGAACAAUAUGAAAGACAUAAAAAUUUAUAUAUAUGUGGUACAGUUGGAUCAAUUGAUAAUGAUAUGGCAACUACUGAUUCAACUAUUGGAUGUUAUUCAGCAUUAGAUAGAAUAUGUCGAGCUAUAGAUUAUAUUGAUGCUACUGCUAAUUCUCAUUCAAGAGCUUUUGUAGUAGAAGUUAUGGGUAGACAUUGUGGUUGGUUAGCUUUAAUGGCUGGUAUAGCAACUAGUGCUGAUUAUAUUUUCAUACCUGAAAAACCAAGUUCAAGUCAAGAUUGGCAAGAUCAAAUGAGUAGAAUAGUUAAAAAACAUAGAACUGCUGGAAAAAGGAAAACUAUAGUUAUAGUUGCUGAAGGUGCAAUAACAUCAGAUUUAAAACCAAUAAGUGCAAAAGAUGUAAAAGAUGUUUUGGCGAAUAGAUUAGGAUUAGAUACAAGAAUUACAACUUUGGGACAUGUUCAAAGAGGUGGUACAGCAGUUGCUUUUGAUAGAAUAUUGGCAACUUUACAAGGUAUAGAAGCAGUAAAAGCUGUAUUAGAAUUAGAUCCAAAUACUCCAUCACCAUUAAUUGCAAUAGAAGAAAAUCAAAUUGUUAGAAAACCAUUAGUUGAAGCUGUUGAAAUUACAAAAUCAGUUGCUGAUGCAAUUGCAGAAAAAAAUUUCGAUAAAGCUAUGAGUUUAAGAGAUUCAGAAUUUAAAGAACAUUUAUCAAAUUUUAUUGCAAUGAAUAGUGCAAAUCAUGAAGAACCUUCAUUACCUAUAGAAAAGAGAAAAAAAUUUGCAAUAAUAAAUAUAGGUGCACCAGCAGGUGGUAUGAAUUCAGCAGUUUAUGCAUUUGCAACUUAUUGUAUGUCAAGAGGUCAUACUCCAUAUGCUAUACAUAAUGGAUUUUCAGGAUUAUCAAGACAUGAAUCUAUAAAAUCAAUAGAAUGGUUAGAUAUAGAAGGUUGGAAUAGUAUAGGUGGUUCAAAUAUUGGUACAAAUAGACAAACUCCUGAAGAAACUGAUAUUGGAAUGAUUGCUCAUUAUUUUGAAAAAUAUCAAUUUGAUGGUUUGGUAAUUGUUGGAGGAUUUGAAGCAUUUGUUUCAUUAUAUCAAUUAGAAAAUGCAAGAUCAAUGUAUCCAGCUUUUAGAAUUCCAAUGGUUUUAGUACCAGCUACAAUAUCAAAUAAUGUACCUGGUACAGAAUAUUCUUUAGGUUCAGAUACUUGUCUUAAUUCAUUAAUGGAAUAUUGUGAUAUUAUUAAACAAUCAGCAUCAGCAACAAGAGGAAGAGCAUUUGUAAUAGAAGUACAAGGUGGUAAUAGUGGAUAUAUAGCAACAUUUGCAUCAUUAGUAAGUGGAGCUCAAGCAUCUUAUGUACCAGAAGAAGGUAUACAUUUACAACAAUUAGAAAUGGAUAUUAAUUCCCUAAGAGAAUCAUUUGCAGUUGAAAAAAAUUUAACAAAAGCUGGAAAAUUAAUUAUAAAAUCUUCAAAUGCUUCUAAAGUAUUAACACCAAAAGUAUUAGCAGAUAUAAUAAAUACUGAAUGUAAUGGAGAAUUUGAUACUAAAACAGCAAUACCAGGUCAUGUACAACAAGGUGGAUUACCAUCACCAAUAGAUAGAACAAGAGCAGAUAGAUUUGCAAUAAAAGCAGUACAAUUUAUUGAAGAUAAUACAAAUAAAAUGGAAAAAUAUAGAUAUGAAUUAGAUUAUCCUGCUGAUUCAAAAGAUUUAAUUUCAACAGCAUCAGUUUUAGGAGUUAAAUCAUCACAUUUAAAAUUUACAAGUAUUAAAAGAUUAUAUGAUUUUGAAACUGAAUUAGGUACAAGAAUGCCUAAAAAUGUAUUUUGGUCAAAAAUUAGAGUUAUGGCUGAUGAUUUAGUUGGUAGAACAUUAUAUAAUGGUAAAGAUUAA